ACGAGGAGCGGAAUGUCCCAAAGCGGACACCGUAGACACUCCAGUGAGGCAGUUCACAGAAGCCGGCAUGUCGGUAGCACGGGCGUGCAAGUUAUUCGGCGGUUUCAAGGGCACUUCCGUGACGUCGAGACUGUGCUCCAGUCUAUCAAGUGACUUGCUACAUUCAAUGCAUAAGAAAGAGAUGUGGGACAACUUCUAUGUGCAGAAACAGAGAGACGCCAUCCAAAACUUUGACUGGUUUUUUAACUACAGAGCAUUGUCUGGCCUUCUUCACCAAUGCCUAAAUUCAUCUUUACAGUGUUAUUCCAGUUCUGAUGUUUUCCGUAUCCUAGACCUUGGUUGUGGUAUAUCUGAUGUUGGGUUAGGAUUGUUCCAAGAUUUGCCAGAGCCUGUGCAAGUAAUCUGUACCGAUAUUUCCCCAGUUGCCAUUGCAAUGAUGCAGCAGUUGGUUAGCACGUUCUCACCCAUACCAAAACAUUCUAGUUCAGAACUAAGAUAUGUAGAGCUGGACUGCACCAGACUCGACAGUUUCCAUUCUGGGUUGUUCAACUUAAUUUUAGACAAAGGUACAACAGAUGCAUUUUUGCGGUCUGCAGCAGGGAAACCAAUGGCCAUCCAGAUGUUAAUGGAAGCUCUUAGGGUGCUGCACCCAUCUGGCUCUUUUCUACAGUUUUCUGAUGAGGAUCCUGAUGCACGGAUUCCAUGGCUAGAAUCCAGUGGUGUUGGAAGAGUUAAAGUGAAUGUUCAGGAGUUGACACUGCAGGGAGCUUCUUAUUAUGUUUAUAUCAUUAACUUAAAAUGAGACACUUCAGCUACCAAGUCCAAAUUUAUACAAAAUAAUCAGCAUUGUGUUGACUUGGCUGUGCAGCAGCACGAAAAGGUAAUAUUCUUACCAUGGAUGUUGAAGAAUAGACAAAAAGGAUGGAUUUUUACACCUUAGCUUUAAAGUGAAUUGAUUUUGUCUAAUUUAUGCUUUUCAGCACAUGUUCUGAAUUAAGAUUUUUUUCAUUUU